AGAAAAUAAAAUUAAAAAAUAAAAAUCCCCCAAGUUUGGUAGGAUAAGGGCCGGGUAGUUUCAUCGCUGGCGACGGAGCUAGGGUUUAUCUUUCUUCUCCGCUGAACGAUAAUAAUGGCUCAUGCUUAUGUCUCUACAUCGGCGUCUUCUCUCGGUUUCGCCGCCGGUUUCGUCUCUCCAACUCCUAAUGGCUCCUCUCUCGAUUCUCUGAAGCUCGCUCUCCCAUUUCAGCCCCUUCCAUCAAGGAAAGCUGGGAAGUUAGUUAGUGGCUGUAAGAAAUGGAAGAACUCGUCUCCGAGGGCGAUGUAUUCCGGCGACUUUUGGGCGCCGGAGGUUUCUGCCCGCCGAGGAGUUUGGUCCAUAAGGGAUGAUUUGCAAGUCCCUUCUUCGCCGUAUUUUCCUGUGUAUGCCCAAGGACAAGGGCCGCCUCCUAUGGUGCAAGAGCGGUUCCAGAGUAUCAUUAGUCAGCUCUUCCAAUAUAGAAUUAUACGGUGCGGUGGCUCUGUGGAUGAUGAUAUGGCGAACAUAAUUGUAGCUCAGCUUUUAUAUCUUGAUGCUGUUGAUCCCAAGAAGGAUAUCGUCAUGUAUGUAAACUCUCCUGGUGGAUCAGUUACAGCAGGUAUGGCUAUAUUUGACACUAUGAGGCAUAUCCGGCCUGAUGUUUCCACCGUUUGUGUUGGCCUCGCUGCUAGUAUGGGAGCUUUCCUGCUCAGCGCUGGAACUAAAGGAAAAAGAUACAGUCUCCCCAACUCAAGGAUAAUGAUCCAUCAGCCUCUGGGUGGAGCUCAAGGUGGUCAAACCGAUAUCGACAUUCAGGCAAACGAAAUGCUGCACCACAAGGCGAACCUGAACGGGUACCUUGCCUACCACACGGGACAAAGCCUCGACAGGAUAAACCAGGACACUGACCGCGACUUCUUCAUGAGCCCCAAAGAAGCAAAAGAGUAUGGACUCAUCGACGGUGUUAUCAUGAACCCUCUUAAAGCUCUUCAGCCUCUUUCAACUUCAGCAGCCGACGGUAAUGACUCACCCUAAAAGGGCUUUGUGGUUUUUUCUCCGUAAAAGCUCUCUCUCUACAAAAAUUUCAGAUAGAAAGAUGGUUGUUUCGGGUCAAAAUAGCCGAGACGUACAUUAAGAUUAAGCACUCAAUGGAAGUUUCUUUGUACUGUUGUUUUAUAGCAACUUUGGUUUCUCGAGUAAUAAUAUUUCAUUGUCGU